GAAUAAACUAAUAAUAAUAACAAGAAUCUAUCAUGAACUUGUCAGAGUCCGUGUGGCUCGCGGGAGAGCCGUGGAACCUCACCGUGCUGGAGGAGGAUGGGGAGAAGAAAAACCUGUUCGGCAUCGACACGAGCAACUACAUCGCACUGCUGUUUUUCCUGCUCAUCUUCACGCUGGGCGUCCUGGGCAACUCCAUGGUGAUCACCGUGCUCGCCCGGAGCAAGCCGGGCAAGCCGCGCAGCACCACCAACAUCUUCAUCCUCAACCUGAGCAUCGCCGACCUCUUCUACCUGCUCUUCUGCAUCCCCUUCCAGUCCACCAUCUACGUGAUGAACACCUGGGUGUUCGGCGCUUUCAUCUGCAAGUUCAUCCACUACUUCUUCACCGUCUCCAUGCUGGUGAGCAUCUUCACGCUCUCCGCCAUGUCCGUGGACCGCUACGUCGCCAUCGUGCACUCCAGAAAGUCGUCGUCGAUACGCGUGGCGAGGCACGCGCUGGUCGGCGUGGUGGCGAUCUGGCUGCUCUCGCUGGCCAUGGCGGCGCCACGCAUGCACUACUACAACCUGUUCCACGGCGGAAGGAACGAGACUUACUGCUGGGACGUGUGGCCGAAUCAGAACCACAAGAAGGUCUACGAGGUGUGCACGUUUGUCUUUGGCUACGUUUUGCCCCUGCUGCUGAUUUCCUUCUGUUACGCAAAGGUGCUAAAUCACUUGCACAAAAAACUAAGAAAUAUGUCCAAAAAGUCGGAGGCUUCAAAGAAAAAGACCGCUCAGACCGUGCUGGUGGUGGUGGUGGUGUUCUGCCUGUCCUGGCUCCCUCAUCACGUCGUUCAGCUCUGGGUGGAGUUCGGGAACUUUCCGCUGACCGAGGCCUCCUUUGUGUUUCGGGUGGCCGCACACUGCCUGGCGUACAGCAACUCGUCGGUGAACCCCGUCAUCUACGCGUUCUUGUCGGAGAACUUCAGGAAGGCGUACAAGCAAGUCUUUAAGUGCCAGAUCGGCAACGUCGACUGCCCGCUCAACGACAUCAAGGAGAUGCGCAGCAAGGCGGAUACUCCACCCUCGACCAACUGCACCAACGUUUGACUGACUGUGCAAAAUGAUCACUUACUGAGCUGAGACACUGAAACUCACUGUGAGUCAUGUUGACUAAGUGAUCAGAUGGAAGUUGGUGUGCAUAUUAAUCAGGGUGAGUAUUUGCCUACUUUCAUGCGUUGUGAGUGUGUGGCGUAUCUACACCGAAGUGGAUUGAAGUCUGCUCACGAAAAAAGUCUGCAGUGUCAAGGCAGACAGUUAAAUAUCACAUCAUGAUGUAUUUAUAUGGUUAUACAAUUCAAAUAUUCAUUUAAAACACUCAUUUAACCUUCUGACUUUCAGUUUUGCUUUGUACCAAGUUGAGGUAUCACCACCUGUCGCUGUGGAACAAGUUUUAAACGUGUUUUGAAGUGUCUGAAGAACAAAUGCAUUUUUUUUUAAACUGCUUCAUGCAAUUUAAAUACCUAUCUAUCCCAGCGCGUUCUAAUUUUUGAUUGCAAUUGUUUUCAGUGUAAAAUUUUUAGUACACUAGAGAAGCUGUUCGGGAAAUCGCACGUCUUAGACAUCAGAAUAACUCUGUUCCCUUAGAAAAAGAAGAACCGCAGCAUUCGGGAACCUAAAAAACUUCAUCUGUCACAAAGAUAUUGAUUGCCACGUGUGUUGUUUCCUUCAGGCUGUAAAUUAAGUUUAGCUUGCUAAUGGAAUCACUUCAGAGUGGGCAUCGUUGGGGGGUGAAUAAUAAAGGCUGGGUCAAUGACUUUCGCUUUUGAUUGAUAUCAAGCUAAUCUAUAUUCUUUUUGUUUCAUAAGGCUGGCUUCUUCUCUGUUAAAUUGAAUAGAAAUACUUAAAUUCAGUUUCUGAACAACAAAAUAGAAAUAAUAGAGAAAUAACAUCAAGCUUUCAGAUUAGCUGUUUUUUUUAAAGAUUUUGUUAUUUGGUGGAACUGCUGUCAUUAAAUAAUUCAAGCUGUCGCUAAAUGGAUGGAUCAGAGUUCUCAUCCCAGAACUAGUUGUACCUUGAAGCUUUUUUGGUAGUUUCUUUGUUUCAGCUUCACAAAAGGAAGAUUAUCAUCCUAAGCUAUUUUUAGUGCCUGUCUGUUCCAUGCCUGAGAUACAUUUUUUGGAUACAUUUUCUUAGUAACCACAAAGCUAACAGAGUAGCUAGCUCAUUAGCUUUAAGCUCUAUUCACAAUUUAUAAACUCAGUUUUAAAUACAGUUUGACUGAAUACCAGAUUCAACUUAGUUUAAUCAAGUAAUUUAAGCUUACAUUUUUUUUAAAUAUACCAGGUCUCUCUCUAUAAAUGUUCUUUUUCCACUAAAGAUGCCAAACGACCUUGUGGUAUAACCUUUGGACACAUCAACAUGCCAUAGGCACGCACUAGUUAUCCUUAGUUAGAGUUCUGCUACCAAAACCUCAAAAAAUGACCUUAGACGCUAAAGUCACUUUAACAGGACACCAGAAAAAGUUCUGUGUGAGAGUAGUUACCUUUGACUUCAUGACGACAGCGCCCCCUACCUGUCAGUCACUGCUACUUGUUUUUCUUGCUUACAAGAAAGGAUCACGAGGAGUUUAGAAAUUCGUGUUGUGGAUGCUAAAGGCUAAAGAAAAGCUAAAGCUAAAGGUUCUCAAUCCUAUUCUUCAGGUCCCACUAUUGUCCACAUUUUUGACGUGUCUCCAGAACAACUGAUUCAAAUUGUUGUAUUUACCUUUUCAGUAAUACUAUCAAGUAAAAUUUAAUAGGCAAGGACUUGUGUAGUGCUUUGUUUGGCCCAGACAUCUUCGCGCUACAUUCAGUCAUUCACACAUGUAAGCUACAUUGUAACCACUAGCAAGGAAGGCAACUUACCCGAAGUCAUAGCAACUGAGACAGACGGACUGGGGGUCUGAACCUCCAGAUGUGUAAAGCAGGAAGCAGCAGGCUAGCUAACAUAGCUCAGCUAAUUCGCUGACUACAGUGAGCUACAGCUAGCCUCCCAGUUGUACUCAGUAACGAGCAGAACAACAAGUUGCCCUUAACUUGUCGCCAAGAAGCAAUAAUAUUCUGCACAGUUGGCACGUUUACUGAAAAACCUCAAUGAGAUUUAGCGGGCAUUCCAGUCCAUAUUUUGUACUUCACUCGUCCACUGAUGUGUACCUCUGUUAAAAAGUACACAUCCUAAAUGACACAAGCUUUAAAUCUCACUCCUGCAACUGAAUUAUAAUUUAGUUCUUGAACUUUUGAAAUAAUAAUUAAAAAAAAAAAAAAACACACACAAAAAGGAAGCCUGAGAAAUCAGUGAGCCAUUUCAAAAAUAUUUGGUCAGCAUUUUAGGAAUGUGUCUGAAUCAUCUAGAAGAAAUUAGUACUGUAACUAAACGCCUGAAAUCUAGGAGGAGGGAAAAAUAAUGUCAAAUCAUACCCAUUCUGUGCACAAAAGCUAUUUCUAAGCUAACCUAUUUAACAGUGGAUUUAUAAUCACUGAAUCCUCCCUUUACUGAUCAGCAGCCAAAGUUAAGACCAUCUUAAUGCAGGUAAUACUGGUGUGAAUCGAACUGUUCGAAGGCAGCGUGCUGUUACAGAGGCAGCCAGCAGCCUACAGGCUAUCCCGGCUGGGAAAGCUGUUGCCAGGAAAAUUGAAGUGCACCGUCUUAUCUGAUGUACCGCUGUGUUGACACAGAGGGAUCAACAUGGACGUUUUUGUUUUAUGAGUUGUUAAAAGGCACAUAAGAGCAGUGCUUGUAACCGUAGUAAGUGUUUGUACAUCUAUUGUGAGAAAAUCUGCUUGUAUAUAUUUGAAACACUAAAGUCGAUAUUCACAUAUCUGCGAAUGCUUUGCCUUGUACAUAUAGCUUGCUGCUAUUUUGUCACUUUUGAAGCUGUGUUGCCUGAAAUUCCUCCUCUGGAUCUAAAAUCUAAAAACAAAAAAAAAAAACAUGGACCUGGUUUUGCUCAAAAUGCCAAAAAAAGGGAUUUUUUCUUUUUUUUUUAAAGAAUUCAAUCCAAGACCACAUGAAUUAUGCCAAGGUUUUACAGUGUACAGCUUUACCUCAGCACACAAAAACAAUAAAUUACACAACAUGAGCCCGAUGAGUUUAAACCACGGUUUGUUGGACGCUUACUACCAUCCUCCUUUGUAACAAUAUCUGUAGCCAUUGUUUAAGUUUGACCAGAUGAGGGUUUUACUUUUAAAGAUCAACAUUUAGUCAAGCUUAUCAAGUAGUAAAAUAGAAGAUGCUGCCCAAAUUUUUUAAAUGAGGCCAAAUACAAGCUUAGAAACUAGUAAUGCACGUCUCCCCAAACAGACCAACCGCAUGGUAGUGGCAGCGUCACGCCGUGGGAGUGCUAUUCUUUAUCGAUAAGGAAGCUGGGCAGAUUUAAUGAGAGGUUAGAUUUAGCUAGUUCUGC